CUCCGGGGCCCUCCUUCCCCAGCGCUCUGACGCGCGCGGGAGGGGGCGGCCUGGCUCUUACCUCACAGAGGUGCCGCCCCCCUUUCCGCUUGCUCAGUCCGCGCAGCGGAUGGAGCCUGCGGCCCGGAUCUUACCCAGGGCCUGUCUCGCCUUAGCGGCCUACCCUGCGCCCUGCCUGCUGCGGGAGGGCCUGGCGGAGCUGCGCCACGGGGGAGGUCCCCGCGUCCCCUGCGCUAGUGUCAGGCUUCGGGCCCUGUAUUAGGCCGACUCUUCCUGAUACCGCUGCUGCAGCGGGGCCUCCGGGGUCCCCGCACCCGGAGAAUAUGUCGGACCAGACGGGCUUGGCGCUGCAGCAGACCCUGGACAGGUUUUGUGUAUCAUGGAAAACUCUUUAGGGCUUUGCCUACACUAGAAAAAUUACCCAUUGGCAAGUGUCAGUAACAAACAUGUUCAGCAAUGUUUCAGCACCCAGGUCUGCAUUUGCAGUUAAACCGUGUUCAGCACCAGUUCAACUGCAUCCAUUGUCAGCAAUAGGUAAUUUUCCUAGAGAAGACCAGGCUUGUGGCAGAUGUAAAACUAAUUAAAGUUAAAGAUCACAAGAGACUUAAAGAUGAACAGUUGAAGGGGAAGAGAUUUUUAAUCUGACCAUGAUAUUGGUUAGUUCCUAUGCCUUAUGAACACUUCGGUGAAAGAGGAUGUCUUUGUUAAAGAUUUUACAUGCAACCUGUUGACUCGAGAUGUAUGAGCUCACCAUACACAUCACUGACAAUAUCUUUCCCAAAGAAGUCCUCCAGCAAAACUAGGGAAUACUAGACUUGAUGCUCCAGAUAUUUCUAAGAAGUUGCUGGGUGUGUUUUGCCACCGAUGAAGAUGAUCGAACAGCGGAGUGGGUGAGACCUUGCAGGUGUAGAGGCUCUACAAAAUGGGUUCACCAGACUUGUCUACAGCGUUGGGUGGAUGAAAAACAAAGAGGAAACAGUACAGCUCGAGUUGCAUGUCCUCAGUGCAAUGCAGAAUACUUAAUAGUAUUUCCAAAGCUAGGUCCAGUUGUUUAUGUCUUAGACCUUGCAGAUCGGCUGAUCUCAAAAUCAUGUCCGUUUGCAGCAGCAGGAAUAAUGGUGGGCUCGAUCUACUGGACAGCUGUCACCUAUGGAGCUGUGACAGUGAUGCAGGUUGUAGGUCAUAAAGAAGGUCUUGAUGUCAUGGAGAGAGCUGAUCCUUUAUUUCUUUUGAUUGGACUUCCCACCAUCCCAGUCAUGCUGAUACUGGGCAAGAUGAUUCGUUGGGAAGACUAUGUGCUCAGACUGUGGCGCAAAUAUUCUAACAAAUUGCAAAUUCUGAAUAGUAUAUUUCCAGGAAUUGGAUGUCCUGUUCCUCGUAUUCCAGCUGAGGCCAACCCUCUAGCAGAUCACGUCUCUGCUACUCGUAUUCUGUGUGGAGCUCUUGUCUUUCCAACCAUUGCCACCAUAGUUGGCAAGCUGAUGUUCAGCAGUGUUAAUUCUAAUUUACAAAGGACAAUCCUGGGUGGAAUUGCUUUUGUUGCUAUAAAAGGAGCUUUUAAAGUUUACUUCAAACAACAGCAAUAUUUACGUCAAGCUCACCGCAAAAUUUUAAAUUACCCUGAGCAAGAAGGAGCAUAAGGCUGUGAUCUCCAGCUGUCAUACAAUCUCAUCUACCAGAUUCUCUUGUUGUAUAGAUUCCAUCGUUAUUGCACAGUAGUGGAGAAUUGUGAUAAGUUGCUGCUCCUAUUUUUUCUUCAAAUAUAAUAAAGCACUUUCUUGUGGCAGGGUAAAUCCGCUCAGUAAUUACUGAACUUAAGAAUGAUUUGUUUUCAUGUUUGUGUAUUUCCUUUAUGACAGGCAGGCAUCUGAAUCCUACCACAUAUGCUAAAUUUAAAAAAAGGAAAAAUGAAAUUGCGCAGUUACUCAUCAAUGCACAGACUGUAUCCAAAUCCCUUUUUUGUUCAUUUAAUAAAGUAUCUGCACAAUAUUUGCAUACAUAGACCAUCCAAUUCAACACUAAGGACAUCAUGGAGGGAUUUUUUUUUUAAGAAAUUUCAUUUGAAUAGCUUAUUGCCAAGGAGAAAUUUUUCUCGGAUUUUAUCCAAUAAGGAUUCCUUUGUUCGCAGCUGAAGCUCUGAAAUAGAUGUAAAACAGGAGGCCUAAAAUGUAUACAAAACAUUGGAUAGACAAGCAGAAGACUGAUCCUUUUCUAAAGGGUCCACAUAAGCCAACUUUGACCACCUAGAGUAUGUGCUAGAACAUGACUUCCAGCUAAUUUUGCUACUGUCUAAUUAUAUUGUCUGCAGUGUCUAGUACUGCUAUGUCAUGACUCCUUUGCUGUCUUGUAACUAUUAUUAUUCCAUCCACCUCUAGAGAAAUUACUUGGGAAAGUGAAUUUCAAUCACUUAUUUUUGUAAUUAGAACAGCUGUUUAGUAAUACGAGAUUGUAUUUUGAGAGUUCCUUUGUGAUUAUGGAAUUAACUACUCAGAUAAAUAGUAGAGGCUAGAGAGCAUUGGACAAUGAGCAGGUAACUUGAUUCUCGUCUGUCAGUGUACAGACUAAAAGAAUUAAGCUUCAUCCAAUAAAUUAAGAUAAUUUAAUAAUGAAAACAGCAAAAGUCUAUUGUAAAAAUGCAGAUUUUAGUGAUAUGUCAAAAGGGGAGACACUAGCACUUAAAUCAGUAAUUUUACUUGUUCAUAAAUCCACAUUUUUCAAUGGAAAUUAGCAAUUACUAUACCAAUGUUAGACAAUUCUGAGUCCUGUUUGACAAACAGUGUGGCCAUUUGAUAUUAAUGCAAGACUUAGCCUGGAUUUACAGUAAUUGCCAUUCCCAGUGCAUAGCAAUUGAAUGGUUUUUUUAAAGUUCUCAUUCUUAAAGUUGCUGCCUAUUUUUUUUAUUCAUGAUAGUAUGUCAAAUGCAUGAAGAAGGGUAAGCAUUCCCCAUAGUGAAGUAUUGGUAAGUAAAUGUUGCUUUUUACCACAAAUGAAGCAACUAUAGAGUGGACUUCAUGUCUGAUUGCAAUAAUGUAUGUUAGUGACACUUAAAAAUAUGGUACCUUUUUUAUGUUACCUUAAAUAUUGAGAAUGUAAUAUUUUAGAAAUGUAUAAAGUAUAUACAAUGGCCAACUCGUAUUCAGAAACUAUAAUUGUUGAAAAUUAUACAUGCAUAGCUGAUAAUUUGAGAAUCUUGCUAAAAUUGAUAAAUUACUAUAAUUUCAUAAGUCUGCUGAUUAUGUUGGUCUCAAAGAUUGGUCUGACUUUUUUAUAUAUUUAUGUACACAGCAGCAGCCUCUGAUUUUCUAUAAUAUAAGUUUUCGAACAAUGUAAUGCAUAUUUCUUGCAGAAUUCUUCAGUGCAAGGAGAAGGCUUUUCAUUGGUCUUCACUGUAUAGAUUUCCAAACACUUUAUAACUGUUUUUUAAAGUCUCAUACAGAAUUUAAUAGUGCAAAUUAUUUGUUUUAACAUUUUGUUCUGUAGGAAAGCUAACUGUCUUCUUUGAAAACUGAACCUGUUGUACAUCAGAUGAUUAUAAAAGGAGUAUAAAAUGAUUUAAACUUAAUGGGAGAGAGUUAUUACUUUUGUUGCUGUAUUGUAAAAUCUUGUUUUUAGUAUUAAGUAUAACCACAUGGAUUAGGUUGAAUAAAUAUUUUUACAUUC